UAUCAGAGAACGUUUCGGCUUUCCACUUAAUGCUGAAUAGUUCAUUUCGUUGCUAUCUUGUAGUUGAACAAGUGAGUUGGCAUUUGAAAAUAAGGGUUGGCUGUAUCUGUUCAUGCCCAAGAUUGAGGCGCUACACGUGGCAUGUGUCCAUAGCGCUGCCCUUAUUCAGCCUAGGCUAGUGCUACCAGAGAGUGUUUAUGGGUAGUAAACCCACUGUGGUGCUACUCUGAAAGUUCUUUCCUUGCUGGGUAUUUCCAAUUCAUGAAGGAACGAAUAUGUGUAGAAGGAUUAAAGUCCCUCCCUGUGUCUAAAGCCUUUGAGAGGAAGCAUCUUCUUUUAACGGUUGAAGAAUGGAACAACUCUGUAAGAAAAGGGUCGCUAACUACAGGAAAGCAUGGGAAGCCAUAGUUCCGUGGGUUAAAGGAGUCAACGACGACCCACAUAAAGCGUUUUGCUCUGUGUGCUGCCGAACGUUUUCAAUUAGCCAUGGUGGAUACAGUGACUUAACUCGCCACGAAAAGAGACACAUUCACAGAGAGCUAUCGAAAGAAGCUAACGUUGCUGGCACUGGCACAUCCGUCGUCACAUCUACCUCUGAGAUUGCUGAAGCUGACUCCAGAACCAGAGAGGAGACCACUGAGGGGAGGAAAGUGUCUGGUCUGCCCACCGGUAAGUGGGGAGAUCUGUCGUCUUCUUUGCGCAUGUGGUUCCCACCUCUGAGGCUACUGUCAGCGUCCAUUUGGCAAGUGGUCCAGCAGCGCCAAGUCCAGUCCUACAACAGGGUGGAGGAGUUUGUUUCUGUUGUUUUGGAGCUGGUCCCCGAUCUGCUGAGCACUGAGGAAAAGAUUGAACUGCUCAUUGGCCUGAGAACAAAGUUUGCUUUAGAUUCAUGCCAUCAUACGACAUUCAUCACAGUCAAGAUGAUGCUCCCACACUUGGAUAGAGUCUCCAGGAUUGCUGAAAUCGCUUCCAGUGAUGGGGAUAUGGGCCAGACAGUAGAUGCUGCUGUCAAGGAAUUCAAAGAACUAAUCCAGGGCCUUCUGAAGAGUCCUGCAUACAGGAGGAGUUUCUUCCAGGAAAUCUAUCCAUUGCGUUAUGGUCCAAGCUAUGACGCAGCUCUGCAGUUACUGGUGUGUGAAUUCCUCUCUCGACUGGAAGAAUUGCUAACUGUGCCGAGCUUCCAUGAGGCAGCGUCUUUGUUUGACGAUGACCCUUUGCUCUUCGAGGAAUUUCUCCAAAUGGGUGACGACCUACAGCCCAUUCAGGAGUUGCUGCUUCACAGGAAACAUUUUACAUGUCUGCUGUCAGGGUCCUCAUCGCCUACCAAGAGCAACACUGUUGUCUCCACAUUAUCUGAUUCCCCUAUUGUGCCAGCAGCCCUUACUGCCUCUGAGCAAUCCUGCGAAUCCCAAAUGUCCCAGAACAGGCCAGACAUGUUUGGAGUCUCAAUCGAUGAGGGCAGCGGUGCAGAUGUGAAAGAAGACGAUCCAGGAAUGCAGAGAGACUCAGAUGAAGGAUCAAAUAAUCCUCCGUCAUCACCGUACAUCGUGGUCAACUGGAGGGGAGAUGAUGAUGAUGACGACGAUGAUGGUGAUGAAGGAGAUUCACAACGAGACUCUGAUGAAGAAGCGAGUGGCACCAGUCAACACGACCAACAGGGUGACACAGGGCAGAGCAGCCAAACAUCCAAUGGGCUGUCGUCAUCACCGUACAUCGUGGUCAACUGGAGUGGAGAUGAUGAUGAUGAUGAUGAUGAUGACGACGUUGACGACGUUGACGUUGAUGAGGGUGGAGAUUCACAACGAGACUCAGAUAAAGCGAGUGGCACCAGUCAACACGACCAGCAGGGUGACAUGCAGAGGACAUUGAAUGAGGAAAAAAAGAAGGAGAUUAAUGACUGCAAGAUUGAUUGUGAGAGGAUGGUAAAUGACAGGAGUGAGGAAAGCGAGCCCCCGUCUACAGAAGGCCCUCGGCCAUCCACACAACAAGCCACCUUGCAAAAGAUGCCAUCCCACUCAAAAAAGCAAGAUGCAAAGAGGCCACGGAAGUACCCAUGCCUGGAAUGUGACAAAGUAUGCACUUCUUCAUAUCAUCUUAGAAGACAUCAGAAACUUCACACAGGGCUGACGCCUCAUGCAUGCCCCCACUGUGACAAGACCUUUCAACAGAAAGCUGGGUUGACCACACACCUCAACAUCCAUACAGGAAAUCGACCAUUUGAAUGUCCAAGCUGCAGGAAGAAGUUCUUCCGGGUUUCAGCAUUAGUAGACCACCUGGUACGGCAUACUGACUGCAUGAUGGAUUGUGAGAGGAUGAUUAACGAACAGAGUGAGGUCAAGGACCUCCCGUCCACAGAGCAAUCUCGGUUAUCCACACUACAAGCCACCUUGCGCAAGGCGCACAAGGCUCCAAAGUACCCAUGCUCCACCUGUGGAAAAGUCUUCUUGCGUCCGUCUGGACUUGCAGAACAUCAGAAAAUGAAGGACUUACAACGUAGACCCACUCCACACUAUGCACGGAAUAAAAACUGCAGGAUUGAUUGUGAGAGGAUGGUAAACGACAGGAGUGAGGAAAGGGAGCCCCCGUCUACAGAAGGCUCUCAGUCAUCCACACAACAAGCCACCUUGCAAAAGAUGCCAUCCCACUCAAAAAAGCAAGAUACAAAGAGGCCACGGAAGUACCCAUGCCUGGAAUGUGACAAAGUAUUCACUUCUUCAUAUCAUCUUAGAAGCCAUCAGAAACUUCACACAGGGCUGACGCCUCAUGCAUGCCCCCACUGUGACAAGACCUUUCAACAGAAAGCUGGGUUGACCACACACCUCAACAUCCAUACAGGAAAUCAGCCAUUUGAAUGCUCAAGCUGCAGGAAGAAGUUCUUCCGGGUUUCAGCAUUAGUAGACCACCUGGUACGGCAUACUGACUGCAUGAUGGAUUGUGAGAGGAUGAUUAACGAACAGAGUGAGGUCAAGGACCUCCCGUCCACAGAGCAAUCUCGGUUAUCCACACUACAAGCCACCUUGCGCAAGGCCCACAAGGCUCCAAAGUACCCAUGCUCCACCUGUGGAAAAGUCUUCUUGCGUCCGUCUGGACUUGCAGAACAUCAGAAAAUGAAUGACUUACAACGUGGCACUCCACACUAUGCACGGAAUAAAAACUGCAGGAUUGAUUGUGAGAGGAUGGUAAACGACAGGAGUGAGGAAAGGGAGCCCCCGUCUACAGAAGGCUCUCAGUCAUCCACACAACAAGCCACCUUGCAAAAGAUGCCAUCCCACUCAAAAAAGCAAGAUACAAAGAGGCCAUGGAAGUACCCAUGCCUGGAAUGUGACAAAGUAUUCACUUCUUCAUAUCAUCUUAGAAGCCAUCAGAAACUUCACACAGGGAUGAGGCCUCAUGCAUGCCCCCACUGUGACAAGACCUUUCAACAGAAAGCUGGGUUGACCAUACACCUCAACAUCCAUAGAGGAAAUCGACCAUUUGAAUGCUCAAGCUGCAGGAAGAAGUUCUUCCGGGUUUCAGCAUUAGUAGACCACCUGGUACGGCAUACGGACUGCAUGAUGGAUUGUGAGAGGAUGAUUAACGAGCAGAGUGAGGUCAAGGACCCCCCGUCCACAGAGCAAUCUCGGUUAUCCACACUACAAGCCACCUUGCGCAAGGCCCACAAGGCUCCAAAGUACCCAUGCUCCACCUGUGGGAAAGUCUUCUUGCGUCCGUCUGGACUUGCAGAACAUCAGAAAAUUCACACCGGGGAGAGACCUCACCUAUGCUCUUACUGUGGAAAGACAUUUAGAAUAAAAUCUAUUUUGCAAUUGCAUAUACGAACCCACACAGGGCACCGUCCCCAUGCGUGCUCAGUCUGUGGAAAGCGGUUCGCCCAGCAGUCACACUUAAUUUUUCAUAAGCGGCUACACACUGGCGAGAAGUACCCAUGCAUCGAAUGUGACAAAGUAUUCACUUCUUCAUAUCAUCUUAGAAGCCAUCAGAUACUUCACACAGGGUUGAGGCCUCAUGCAUGCCCCCACUGUGACAAGACCUUUCAACAGAAAGCUGGGUUGACCAUACACCUCAACAUCCAUACAGGAAAUCGACCAUUUGAAUGCCCAAGCUGCAGGAAGAAGUUCAUCCGGGAUUCAGCAUUAGUAGACCAUCUGGUACGACAUACUGACUGCAUGAUGGAUUGUGAGAGAAUGAUUAACGACUGGAGUGAGGUCAAGGACCCCUCGUCCACAGAGCAAUCUCGACUAUCCACACUACAAGUCACCUUGCGCAAGGCCCACAAGGCUCCAAAGUACCCAUGCUCCAUCUGUGGAAAAGUCUUCUUGCGUCCGUAUGGACUUGCAGAACAUAAAAAAAUUCACACCGGGGAGAGACCUCACCCAUGCUCUUACUGUGGAAAGAUGUUUAGAACAAAAAUUAUUUUGCAAACGCAUAUACGAACCCACACCGGGCAACGUCCCCAUGAGUGCUCAGUCUGUGGAAAGCGGUUCGCCCAGCAGUCACAGUUAAUUUUUCAUAAGCGACUACACACUGGCGAGAAACCCUACUUGUGUUCUUUCUGUGGGAAAACCUUUAACCAUGUUGGAGGUUUGAACAGCCAUAUAAGAACCCAUACUGGAGAACGCUCACACCAGUGUGAAUUUUGUAACAAAACAUUUAGUAAUUCUAGCUCCCUGAAUGUUCACAGGAGGGUCCACACAAAAGAGAAGCCUUACUUAUGCACAGUGUGCCCAAAGAGUUUCCCCUCUACUACUGGAUUAAAGAAACAUAUGCGAACACAUACAGGAGAAAAACCCUAUACGUGUUUAAAGUGUGGGAAAACAUUUACACAGUCAUUCAAUUUGAAGGUUCAUCAGCGUGUGCAUCGGUAAUGUGAUUUCAAUAUUGAUGACAAUAACUAAGCAAAUAAUAAACAGCACUUGCAAGAAUUACAUGAAGGCUAUGUGGAAGAGAUGUUGUGACUUGUCAACAAGACCAACAUUGUUGGAGUUUUAAUUGUGGUGCAAUUUAUGUCAUUGACCAGCUCGGUUAAAGCCUGGGGAAUGUGAAGGUGCUUAAAGCCUCAAGUGUUAUAGUAAGGUUAAAUUUAUCGGAAAUUGUAGUUGUGUAAAGUUCUUUUUAAAAAUUCAUUUUUGAAAUUGUGCAAAGCAAUGUCUGAUAUGGGGACGAUGCCAUUCUUCAUCAGACAGGACAAAAACUUUUUUGUAAUUCAUUGUCUGCCACUUUUAAGAGACAAACAUGUACAUGUUUAUUAUGCAAAUAAACAACUGAGUGAUUCUAA